AUGUUGUCCGGCUGUCGAAAUCCUACAGAAAAUACACAGACUUCAAACUCAGAGCACACUGAAGCAAGUUCUCCGCCACGAAGAAAAAAAGCGACGAGAGCUUGUUUUCACUGUCAGAAGGCACACUUAACCUGCGAUGACUCUAGACCUUGUCAACGGUGCAUAAAGAGAGAUCUGGCAUCGACGUGUGCAGACGGUAUACGGAAAAAGGCAAAAUAUUUGCAAGAUCCAAACUAUGAUGCGUAUAUUCCCCCUCAAACCAAUUCUGAUCAAUCUCCUGAACAACACUUACAAUUUCAAAUUCAUUUACAACGUCAACAAUAUCAACGUCAACAAAUGAUUUCUGCAUAUCUUAACCCUUCGUCAAUGCCUUUGCAAUCGCCGCAAAUGCCAAAUCAAACACAUGUCACACCUCAUCAAUCAUUGGAUUCUACGCAUCGUCACUCAUCAAUGCGUCCAAUACCACCGCCAUUGCAAUUACAUUCCCUGCCACCGUUAUCAUUUAAUUCGUUAACAACGCCACUACCAUCAACUCCUCCAUCAACCCCAUUAUCCACUUCAUCAUCGUCACCUGUGAUGACAUAUAAUCCUGCACAAAUAAUGAAUCAUCCUUUUUUUAUGGGCGCAUUUGAUCCAAACACAGUUGUCCCGUCAUCAGCGACGAGUCAAAAUGUUUACAUGCAUAGCGGGUUCCAACAAAACCCCAAUAAUCUAGCGGAUCCUAUCAUUUACUAUCCUUUGACAACGGCCAAUUAUGGAUUUGGUUCGGAAGCUGUGACGAUGGAAUACUCCAUGUUGAAUCAUAUGCUAAACUCUGCACCAACAGAGUCAUUAAUUCCUGGUCCUGCGAAUCAUGGACUGAAAAGGGAUAGUAGUGGAAAAAGAAAAUCAAACAUAAAUACACCUCAAAAUGUAUAUGCUAAUAUUACAAAGCCAUUCUCUUAUACCGAAGGAUUUCAUUAUUUGGUUAAGUGGGUCAGGGAAAGAAUGGAUAAAGAACAUAUUGAGAGGAUCGUACGAGCAAUAGCAACUUUUCGACCAUCUUUUAUCGCAUUAAUAAUGAAUCUUACGGAAGAGGAUCUAAUAUUCAUGGAAAAAUGUUUUCAACGAACAUUAUUGGAAUUUGAAAAAUUAAUAAGUUUCUCAGGAACGCCGACUGUUGUGUGGCGGCGAACAGGACAAAUAGCCCUCGUAGGUAAAGAAUUUUCGCUGUUAACACAGUGGUCACGUGAUCAAUUAUUAGGGAAGGCUAUGUAUAUUUACGAGGUUAUGGAUAGUCAAUCUGCGGUAGAGUAUUGGGAAAAGUUUGCGGCUCACGCUUUUGACAAUUGCACUCCAUCAGUGAUGACCACGUGUAUUUUACUUAGUCCACAAGGUCGUCAGGUGCCGUGUACUUUUUGUUUCACUAUAAAACGCGACCUGUUUGAUAUCCCGUUAGCGAUAGUUGGAAAUUUCUUACCGAUUUUAAGUUGA